UGUCCGCCAGAAAUUCACUAUGAAACGAGAUAAAAGGCUGCCGGUUGAAAGUGGGAAAGGAGUACUAAAUACACACGUACAUAUAUCCAUACAUUUUUAUCUACUAGACCAAACACUGUAUUGCACUAACACACAAAAGAGAGAAUUUUAGGCAGAAUCAAACAAUAUUUGAAAAGUUAAUUGCAAGAGAGCGCCGCCCGAUCAGAUCAACAUUUUCGCUCCAACGCCGCCGCCCACGCUAUAAAUAGAAUGGAAGCACCAACACACGGCAAGCAAAAAGCAAAGGCAUGUGUGUGUGUGCAUUGAGAGCGAUUGCAAAAGAGCCGUUUCUCUCUCGCAUAACACGCUCGCCAAACAGGUUUUCGAGCAAGAGCAAGAGAGAGAUGACUACAAUUCGACUGCGACACACAUUUUUUUCCUGCUCGCUCAACAGUUUUUUUCGCCGCUCCACAUGAUCCGGAGCUGUUUUGCCGUUCUGCUGCUUUGAUGCGUGUUUGUGUGCCUAAAAACCUGCAGCAGAUUUGUGAAAAUUGGAAAACCAGCGCCCCUGAGCCCGUGCACAGACAUUGAUAUCAACGGACAAGCAGCGCGAGAGUCGCAUCCCCGCAAAAAGAGACAGCCACAGAGAGAGAGAGAGAGAGAGAAACAGACUGAUGUAACCGUAUGUGUGAGCGCAGUAUCUGUAGAAAAUGUUCUCUGACGUAAGUAUUCGGGCCUGACAGCUAAGAGAGAGAGCGAUAGCUUUGAUAUUAUCGCACUGUAAACAGUCGAUUAAGCAAGGGCUUUAUACGACUAGAAACGAUUUUCCAAUCAAGAAUGAAUAAAAUCGUAAAGCUCGCGCUUAUUGUUGGGUUGUCAGCGAUUGCAGAUGAACAAAUACAGCAGGAACAGUGUGGAAAUGGUGAUGAAGGCAAACAGUUUGACGACGGCGGCGUACAACGCACAAGAAACGUGCUGACGCUGGAGGAGCGUGUGGCGGUCAUUCGGCAGUACGACAUUCUGCCGCUGUACAGCAAGAUAGCCAAGAAUUUCAACUGCAGCUGGGAGCAGAUCAAGAGCAUCGUGUCCAAUCGCGAGGCCAUUAUGGAGUGUUACGAAGCCUCGCGCCGCCACAGCGAUCCGCCCAAUGAGGAGGUGCGCGGUCGCAAACUCAACUUUCUGGGCCUCUGCCUGUACGAGUACAUGAAAAGGGCGCAGUACUAUCUGCACGUGGACAUCAACGAGGAGCUGAUACGCACCAAGGCGGUGGAGUUUCGGAAUCUCAUGCACAUCGAGGGCUUCAUGCCGAACAAGCCGUGGAUCAAUCACUUCAAGGCUGCCUACAACAUCACGCUAUCGAAUCGAAAGAUCACCAUGACACGCAAACCAUCACGCUCCAUGGACCUCAGCGACAUUAUGUCCUACUGCGGCCGGCACACGUCCAUGUGCAAGAAUAUGGUCAAUAGUCCCGAAGUGCCAGCACCAGCAGCUACACCAACCACGAGCCAAGACGGACACUUGGCUUCACCACGCUCCCUGUACCGCACCAAGACACUGGUGGCCGCCUCUAGUCAGAACCAGGCCACCCUCGUGGAGGUUCAGCAGCGACGCAAGCGAAAGAUUAACUUUCUGGAGAAGGCCCUCUACGAGUACAUCGCACGCUCACAGAUCCACCAAAAGGGCAGACCCGAUAUGGACAACCUGCGCUCUGUGGCCAUCAGUCUGCGCGACAUACUGAAAAUUGAGAAUUUCUUUCCCGACAAAAUCUUCUUCAAUCACUUCAAGAGCCACUACAACUUUAGCUUCUCGCAGGGCGUGCCGCUAAACCAUCGCAGAGUGCCCCUGUCCCUGGAUCUGCGGGACAUUGUCAGCUACUGCGGUCGUAACGAUAGUCGCUAUGCGGAGCAGGAGCGCUCCAGUGUGCGUCUGGAUCCCAAGACAAAUGCGGAGGUGGAUGAAGCGAAGGCAAAUGAGGGUCCAAGUGUGUUGUUGUCUCCAAGAGCGGACUCUUCGGACAAAGCAAACGAAGAUUGUGUUGACGCUGAUGAAGACGAUGACUGCAUUGCCAUUGAGGAGCAGCCCGAACUGAUCGAAAUCAAUGACGAUGAGGAUGAACCCGAGAAUCCCACGCAGCCAGCAAAGCGUUCGAGUCAACACCUGACUGAGUCGGCUGCUCAACCACUGAAGAUACAGAAAGUUGAGUCCCUCCAUGCCGCCACAGCUGCACCGCCAGUGGCUGCUGCUACUCCAAGCAAUGAGGCAGACUUAGAGCCAGAGCUGCCUCGCUGUGUGCAGAACUAUGAGGAUGCAUUGCUUUUGCUCAAGCCGCUGGAGGAUUUUGCGCUCAUGGAGAAAAACUAUCGCGCCAUCGGGCUGCUUGUUCAGCUGGAGCAGAUCUUUAAGAAGAAUGACCUAAAGUUGAGGAAACAGUAGUAGAAAAUGUACCAAAUAUUAGCCAGAAGCUAAAUGUACAUAUUACAUUAAGAACAAUUAGUUGCUGAAAUAAUUGAAUUCCACUUGGAAAAGAUGCGUCAAAAAGUUGCUCGAAAAGUUCUUGUACAAAGUAUAAAAUGAAUUGUAAUUGUUUAACUGAAGGCAGUCGCAAUUUUUAACUUCUUUAUUCAAUUAAAGAGAGUACAAAGUAACCAAAAUAUUUAAAAAAUAAUGUUAUAACGUAUU